GGGGGCGGGGGGGAGCCGGAGCCGUUCACUCGGCCGUUAAACCGCCGGCCGGGCGGGAGACCAGUGCGCCUGCGCUACCCAACUCCGGCGCGGAGCUGUCAAUCAUCGGUGUGGGCGGUCCUCCCCGCUCCAUCCCCCUCCAUUGCCAGCUUGACCGACCGAUGGAAGGGGAAAGUUAUGGCGCUUGAGUGUGACCAUGGAGCCUGCAGGGAGCGGGUGCCUGGGAUCUGCGGACGCGCACCCUCCCGGCUCGGUCUGGCCCGGUGCCGCUGAAGGAGCCGCGCCGAUGAGGAGAAGCGAGAGGGAAGCGGCCGUGGACGGGAGGAACGUGGGGUUUGUGCUUGUGCACGCAGGAGCUGGUUAUCAUUCUGAAUCAAAAGCCAAGGAGUAUAAACAAGUUUGCAAGAAAGCUUGCCAAAAGGCAAUAGAGAAACUGCAAACUGGUGCUCUUGCUGUUGAUGUAGUAGCAGCAGCCCUUAUUGAACUAGAGGACUCUCCAUUCACCAAUGCAGGAAUGGGUUCCAAUUUAAAUCUCUCAGGAGAUAUAGAAUGUGAUGCCAGUACAAUGGAUGGAAAGUCUUUGAAUUUUGGAGCUGUUGGAGCACUCAGGGGGAUCAAGAAUCCAAUCUUAGUUGCAAAUAAACUGUUAAGUGAAGCACAGAAGGGGAAGCUCUCUGCUGGCAGAAUUCCUCCUUGUUUUUUAGUUGGAGAAGGGGCUCACAAGUGGGCAGUGGAUCAUGGAAUUGUACCAUGUCCUCCUGACAUAAUGGCAACAAAAUUCAGCUUAUCUGCGUUUAGGAAAAACAGACGAAAACUGGAGCUUGCAGAGAAGGUGGAAACAGAAAUGAUUCAGACAAAGAAGAGAAGAGAAGUGUCUGAAAACACUAACGUCACAACUUCACUCGAUACUGUUGGGGCGGUAGUGGUGGACCAUGAAGGAAAUGUUGCUGCUGCUGUUUCAAGUGGAGGCUUAGCAAUGAAGCACCCUGGGAGAGUUGGCCAAGCAGCUGUAUAUGGCUGCGGUUGCUGGGCAGAAAAUACAGGUGGCCAUAAUGUGUAUUCUACAGCUGUGAGUACAUCAGGUUGUGGUGAACAUCUGGUACGAACCAUGUUGGCCAGGGAAUGUUCAGUGGCCCUACAGGCCGAAGAUGCCCACCAAGCCUUGUUGGAGACUAUGCAAAAGAAAUUUGUUCGUUCACCAUUCCUAGCCUGUGAGGAUUCUGUACUUGGUGGAGUCAUCGUUCUCCGUUGCUGCAGGUGUUCCAUAGAAUCCGAGUCGUCACUGAAUACACAAGCCCUCCUAGUUGAGUUUUUAUGGAGUCACACCACUGAGAGUAUGUGUGUUGGGUACAUGUCGACUCAAGAUGGAAAAGCUAAGACUCACAUUUCAAGGCUUCCACCAGGAGCUGUGGCAGGGCAAUCGUUGGCAAUUGAAGGUGGUGUUUGCAGGCUUCGAACUUCUGUGAAUUGAAUGUUUCACUCCAAUAAUGCUACCACACACAGACUCAGAUGGACUACCUACCUAUAGUCUACUUCUUAUAUUUUAAUUAUAUAAAUGUGAUUAUUAAAAGCAUAUUGAGAGGUUUAUCUUUUUUGGUACCACAAUAAAAAUUGCACUUUGUACUUUAUAUAUCCUGAUUAUGCAAGUAUUGCUGCUUUAUUUUGACCCACAUUAUCUGUUUAAAAUGAAGAUGAUUGUAAUUGACUUUGCUGGAAAGUUCAAAAGUUUGUUUUUUUUAAAUUAAUACAUACAUUGUCCCAAAAAGAUAAAUGUAAGAAAACCACCCUUGCAGAGUUUCAAUCAAUGCAUCACAUUCCAUAUAAUUUUAAUCUAAAAAUUAGAAUCAUGCUAUUUUGGGCAACAAGUGUCUGUGAUUUCAACAUUAUUGAUUGAUUACAGCACAAGUUAAUUGGCUAAUUAGUUAUAACACAAUUACCAAUGUUUGGUUGUUAAUGUGAGGUUUUAAUCAGAUAUACUGUAUAUACACUUUACAUUUACAGAGAUACUGAAAAGAUGUGAUUGUGUAUCAGUGUGCUGAUAUUGUAUGAAACUUAGCUUUAAAUGUGAAACUGUCAACCAUGUUGUUAGUACUGUCAUGCAGGACAUGAUUAUGAAUUUUCAGCAAUUUGACUGAAAAUUUGGUGGCAUGUAAGAAUGAGUGAAAAUUAUAUGCUUAAGAUAUAAACAGUAAAGUUGUACAUUUAACAAGACUUGGUGCAAUGUGUGUAGAUCCUAAAUGUUUUUUUUAAAUUGCAUACAAUUAGCAUAUUUGAUACACAUUGAAGUCAAAUUGACUGCACUAUAUUAUCCUGUAAAACAGUACUUCGUUCACAUUUUUCUUUAGUUACGUUUCAACAACUAUUGGUAUGUGCAAACACUUGAUUCUGCUGAUUUAACCAAUUUAUACAGCUAAGUGCAGGACCUGUCUAUGGCAACAACUAUCUAUAAGCAUUUUUUAUGUGGUUCAAGUAUCUAGAGGUAUUUAAAAUGAGUAUUAAAAACAAAAUUAACGCCAAAUCACAAGGUGAAAUUAGGGUGAGUGACCAAAGACUGGACAGAGAGGAAGGUCUUAAGAAUCAGAGGAAGAAAUGGAGAAAUUUAUGGAGGAAAUUCCAGAGCUUUAGGAUCUUGCAGAUGAUGAGACCACCACCAAUAAUGGAACAAUUAAAAUGGUGUAGCUUUUAGUGUCUAUUUGUCUGUUGGCAUCCAGAUUUGCUUGAAGAGAUGUUCUUUGGUAAGACUUUCCUAUAACAGCUGGUGAUAAUGAAUCUCAUGUUUAUAACCAGCUUUUUUCAGCAGUUAUUGACAGUUUGUAGGAGGAAAAUCAGUGAAUUCCUGAUAAGGAGCAGUGCUUGUCAAUUCCCCCACGAGUUUUGAAUACUAAUGCUUGAUUGUAUCUGAUGUAUUAAGCCAGAGCCAGUUUUAAUUUGUGGACUCAGGACAAUCAACGAUAGAUAGUGCAAUCUCAUUUCUAAGUGUACAAUCUUUUCGUAGUGUGAAAGGUCUCUCAAAACUGCUAUAUUAUACAUUCUUUUGUUUGCCAUUCUCUCUCUCAUGCAUUUGGUGACUGUUGAUUCAUUGUAUUUUUGGAUUCUGAGUUACAGAUGUGCCUCAAAGCUACAUUUUAAGCAAUAUUUAUUAUAAUAGGUUAAUUAGUUUGUUUUCUGUUUUGGAGUGCCAAUCUAGUAUUUCAUUUUAAAUGUGUGAUAGAAAGCUACAAAGGACUAUGUUUGAUACCUCCCUCACCAUCUGAAAAACUAGCAAGUAGGGAUUUGUGAUUAGUUAAUGAAAAUGUUGAAAUUCAAUUUAUAGCUAUGAAAACUCAUUAUGAAAGCAAUUUGGAGUUCAUUGACAGAAGUAUUGUAAUUUCAGAUAUUUUACAGUUGAGUUUAAAUGUGCUAUUUUAAAUUACAGCAAAGGUAAAUAGUCUUAAAUGUAACUGUCUUGAGCAAAGCUUGAUCUUAUCAGAAUUGGUGUUGCACUGUACUAAUUCCAGUAUAUUAUAUGUAGACUGUCGGGGCUAAAUAAAGAGCUUUCAUUGGUGCUUUUAAAUUGACAAUGACAAAAUAUUAAUGUUUUAUAUGCUUUAAUAAAAUUUUGCAGAUUUUUCUCAUUUGGAAAAAAAUGUGCGUGUGGAUAUUUGCAACUUUAACAAUACUGGACAAAAGAGUGUGCUCAAAGACUUUCAGUAAAAGGGAAGUGUGUAUCAUUAAAAAAUUACAAUA